AUGAACUCCGGAGGUGCUAGUGGCGAGAUGGAUAGAAGUAGAGAGGCUGAAGAGCAGGGGGGAGUUGCUGGUGGAGGAGUGGGGACUCACCAACCAGCCAACCCUACGCUACCUACUUCUUCUACACCAUCUCCUACUACCGUGGAUCGUGUGAAAGCUUUCUCUAUUGAGAAAUUCAUGGGGGAGGACUACGAGCACUGGAGUUUCUGCAUGAGGCUGAUGUAUACCCAAUACAAGCUAUUGGAUUUGGUGGAGGGAAAGGAGAAGAUGCCGGAGGCCGCGGAGCUGAAAGGAGUGUGGAUGAAGCGAUCCGUGGAUUAUAUUCGCGGGCGCAUCCUAGAGGAGGACUUGCGGCGGUGGAGUGUGAAGCGCUCGGAGGAGGGGGCUGACUAUGGAGUUGGAGGUGGAAAGAGUGGCUUCAAGAAGAAGUGGAAGGGCAAGAAUAAGGAUAACCCUAAGGAGGAUGGCGGCGGGGGUCAAAGGGAGGUGUGCUUCUACUGCAAGAAGCGCGGACAUCGUUGGCGGAAGUGCUACCAACGACCCAAGGAUUGGAUCCCGCCUUCAUCAAGCAACCAGCGUGGUGGCACGAGGAGUGGGGGAGUCAUGGGAGCUAGUGGAGAGGAGAAGGAUAAGGAGAAAGGCGGCAAAUCUGAGGAGCGGAAGGCCGGGUUCUUCUUCGUGAACGAAGGCACAACCAACCACGCUAUGGCUGCCAAGGAAAUUGAGCGGUCUAUAGUGGAGGAGGUUCAGCUGCACCUUGAUGAACUCCACGGGUCAGAGCUGACCAGUGACCACAGUGGCGGUGGUGAGCAACAAGUUUCUGGUCCUGCUGGAGAGGAGGGGUUGGAGGAUGAGUCGGCACGUGUGGACUCACCAUCUCAGCCCGAGCCUGCUGCAAACGCCAAGGUCACCAAGAGGAGUGUGCAGAGAGGAGCUUCACCACAUGGGCAGCAGAUUGCAACGCGUGAGAAAAGAGUGGCAGCAGCACCCUCAAGGCUGAAUCCGUUAGUCUGA